CCGUUCCUUCUAUUUCUGCCUCUUUUUCUCCUUAACUGUGCUCACAUGAAUUCCCUUGCAAGCUCUAUCACACAACUGGCAACUGUAUCAAUGGCGAUGAGUGUAUGUUCUCCCAUGAUGCUCUGACAGACGAAACACAAGAACUCCUGGAUAAGGUAAUUAAACACAAUCUGUGGCGAUGUAUGCAUUUACAGCAGUUCUACACAGCAUCUCUGCCUGUUGGUUUUUUAUUUUAUUAUAUAUCUUUAAAAACACGUUUUAAUGUAGUGAGUCUGUGCAGUGUUUGUAAAGGGAUCAUGUCACAUUAUAUUGCAAUAUGUUGGAGGAAUCUCAUAGAAAUCAGGUGAAUAAUGUACCUGUUAGCAAGUCAACGGAAUAACAGGGAAACCAAUAUGAAAAUAAUCCAAACAUAGAGAAUAAACAUUAGUACUUGGCUUCCACUUUGUUUGGUGCCCACUCAGUUCUCAAAUUUUAGCUUGCUUGCACCGUUGCUGAGGGAAUCUAUCCCAUCUGUAUAUCCAUCUGAUCCCACCAAUAAGACCAUACAGAACCUGAAAUGCUCAGACUAACAUUUGACUUUGUCAGUGCGCUGUGAUGGCACAAAUAGCAAAGGGUCUGCUUGUGAUUCACCCAUGUAAACUGAAAUCAGUUAGAAGAGCAUGUCUCUGAAACCUGAGUGGGGAGUUAUUGAGGGACAAGUUAUAUAUUUAUCAUUGUACAUUCUGCUUUUGGCUUACCAUAAACAAUUCUAAAACUCUGUCCUGUGUGAGUUUUUCCGUUUACUACUGUUUCAAUACAAAGCUGCUAUCUAAUUAUUUAUUUAUUUUUCUUAAUGAUAUUUCUAUCCCCACUGACCACAACCUCAUCUCGGAUGUGUACAUGCAGAUCUUGCUGGCAUAUAGCUGCAUCCAUUGAGGAACAUUAAAGGACCACUAUAGUGCCAGGAAAACAUACUCGUUUUCCUGGCAAUAUAGUGCCCUGAUGGUGCCCCCACCCUUAGGGUCCCCCUCCCGCCGGGCUCUGGGGAGAGGAAGGGGUUAAACUUACCUCUUUCUCCAGCGCCGGGCGGGGAGCUCUCCUCCCUCUUCUCCUCCUCUUCGGCUGAAUGCGCAUGCGCGGCAGGAGCCACGCGCGCAUUCAGCCAGUCCAAAGGAAAGCAUUCACAAUGCUUUCCUGUGGACGCUGGCGUCUUCUCACUGUGAUUUUCACAGUGAGAAAUGCGGAAUCCCUCUAGCGGCUGUCAGUGAGACAGCCACUAGAGGCUGCAUUAACCCUAACAUAAACAUAGCAGUUUCUCUGAAACUGCUAUGUUUAUAGAAAAAAAGGGUUAACCCUAGAUGGACCAGGCACCCAGACCACCUCAUUAAGCUGAAGUGGUCUGGGUGCCUAUAGUGGUCCUUUAACGUUUCACUGUACCUGCACAAACUACAGUUUCUCAGUCUAUACCAACAGUGUUGCUGUAUUUGUAAAUUGUAAGCUACACACUUGCUAGGACAAGGGAUAGAUGACAUGUUAUGGUCUAUAAAUUGCCCAUUUUCCUCUGUAGAUGUUAGCUGGACAGCAUUUAGUUAUUGUAAAACCUCAUAGACAUAUGAUUGCUUUUCAUCUCUGUACAGAUUUUGGCUGAGGAUGCAGAGGCUGGGGCGGAAGAUGAGAAAGAUGUUGAAGAACUAAAGAAGCAAGGCAUCAAUCCAUUGCCAAAACCACCCCCAGGAGUAGGGUUAUUGCCAACACCAUCCAUUCCACCUCCUGCACCAUCAUCCCCUACUGAGGACAUGUCCCCACCACCUGGGCCAAGUGGACCUGUGCCUGUUGCACCUGUAUCAGGGGUUGCAGGGCCUGUAAAUCCUGCAUCUGGAGGAGCAGUUCCUGGUGGUUCCUUACCAUGCGGCCCCUCGUCACCAGAAGAGCCAGGUGGCUCGGUGACUGGCAGUUCUGGAUCAUCAGGGCCUUGUGGACCCGUUUGUGGCAGUCCAAUGUCUUGUGGGCCAAUGCCUGGCGGUCCUAUGCAGGGAGGCCCCAUGCCUGGCGGUCCUAUGCAGGGAGGCCCCAUGCCUGGCGGUCCUAUGCAGGGAGGUCCCAUGCCUGGCGGUCCUAUGCAGGGAGGUCCCAUGCCUGGCGGUCCUUUGCAGGGAGGUCCCAUGCCUGGCGGGCAGGGAGGUCCUUAUGCAGGGAGGCCCCAUGCCUGGCGGGAUGCAGGGAGGCCCCAUGCCUGGCGGUCCGAUGCAGGGAGGCCCCAUGCCUGGCGGUCCGAUGCAGGGAGGCCCCAUGCCUGGCGGUCCGAUGCAGGGAGGCCCCAUGCCUGGCGGUCCGAUGCAGGGAGGCCCCAUGCCUGGCGGUCCGAUGCAGGGAGGUCCCAUGCCUGGCGGUCCGAUGCAGGGAGGUCCCAUGCCUGGCGGUCCGAUGCAGGGAGGUCCCAUGCCUGGCGGUCCGAUGCAGGGAGGUCCCAUGCCUGGCGGUCCGAUGCAGGGAGGUCCCAUGCCUGGCGGCCCGAUGCAGGGAGGUCCCAUGCCUGGCGGCCCGAUGCAGGGAGGUCCCAUGCCUGGCGGCCCGAUGCAGGGCGGCCCGAUGCAGGGAGGUCCCAUGCCUGGCGGCCCGAUGCAGGGCGGACCCAUGCCCGGCAGUCCGAUGCAUGGCGGCACCAUGCCCGGCGGUCCUAUGCCUGGAUGUCCAAUACCUGGUGGUCCUAUGAUGGGUGGUCCAAUGCCUCCAGGAUCAAUGCUACCAAUGCAAGGAGGACCAUGUGAACCCAUGCCAUCUGGUGGCCCAAUGCAUCCUUGCCCUGGAGGUCCAAUGCCCCCAUUGCAAGCAGGUUCUGGUGGACAGAUGCCUGGAAGCCCAGGAAGUGGAGGUUCUGGGAUGAUGGAUCAAAUGCCAGGAAGCCCCAUGUCUGGAAGUCAGCAGUCUAUGGAUCUGCAGAUGUGUCAGAGAAAAAUACCAUCCCUGUUUGAGAUUGUUGUCCGUCCCACAGCCCACCUGGCUCACAAGCUUGGUGUCAGGUGAGGAUUGAUCAUGCAAAUAUAAUAUUAUAUUUUGACAUAUAUACUAUAUAUUUAGUAUAUUUUGCUUAAUUUUGUUUUUUAGUCGCCCGCCAGGACCACCUGGAGGUCCACCAGGUCCCCCUCCACCUAGAUUUCCUGCUCCCAUGGGACCACAAGGCCCAAUGCACCAUGAUAUGGACAUGGGCAUGGAGGACGGACCCCCCAUGAUGCCAUAUGGCCCAGGUGAUGGCUCUGAAAUGAUGGCUGAUGGCCACCCAGAUCAGGGCUUCUAUGAUGAAUACUACCAGGAUCCCAACAUGGAGAUGAUGGGAGAUGCAGGUAUGUGUUUCCAGCCUCACUUGAAAUAGUGUUCUAUUAUUUACCAAAUAACUUGAAAAUACUCAAACCCUUAAACAUAGGCGACACAAUUCUCUGCCCGUUCUAUUUCCGUGCUGGAAACAGGAGGAACGUUUUCUCUUCCAGGCUUGUUCUUAUUUGGCCUUUGAGUUUUUCUUUAUUUUGCUUUGUAAUGGAUGCCUUUAUUCAAUCCUUUUAAUGGCUCUUCAAACCUCCGAGCCUGUUAAUAUCAUGUACUAGACUACUUCUCCUUUACUUAAGCAAUAAUUGGGGCUGUCACCCACUCCUUAAAGAAACCUGCAAAUACAUUUUCAGCUUUUAAACGUUAAGACACAAAAUCCUUUAUUUUCCCUUGUGUGGGUUUAAAGGGCCGCUCCAUACCCAUAAAGCACUUAAGCUUUCUGAAGUGCUUUAUGUAUAAAGAGUUUUAGAAAAUUUUACAAAAAGUGCAGGUUUCAAUAUAAAUUGACACUUCUAUAAAUGAACCUUGUUAUACCCCCUGGCUGUCAAUCUUGCAACUGAUCCUGUUACUUCCUGGUUUAUUUAGUUGUGGGAUUGAUUAGUAAUGGGGUUGUUCAGGUGAGUACAAUAGCUCCCUGCAGCCCUUUUCAUGUAAACACAGUAUUUUCACAGAAAAUACUGUGUUUACAUUAGAACCUAGAAACACCUCCAGUGGCAGUCACUCAGACGGCCACCAGAGCCACAUCCGAGUUAAUUCACAUUAAUCACGUUUGACGUCUUCACACUUGGCUGAAGACAUCAAACGUGCUAUCAGGACACAGGAGGCACUGUGAACACGCCUCCUGUGUCCUGUAGUAACCCGGAGCUUGUCGGCAGUCAAAGCCGACAUUUUGGGAGAUAACGAUCUCCUGCACUCACUUUGGGCUCUGGCUGACAGGCUGAAGGCAGGAGACUGAGCAGGAGGAUCUACUGAGUGUGUGUGAUGGAUAGAGAGAGAUGGUGUGUGUAUGUUUUUUAAAAUGCGUGUGUUUUUAUAAAAACACUAUAUAUAGAGUUUGUAUACACACACACAAUUUGGGCUUAGGAGGGGGCGGGGCAUAAACAGCAGGCUGAGCUGUCAGUCAGCUCAGCUCAUGAAUGUGUAUACUGCGCACAUGCGCGGUAGGGCACUCAGUGUUCAUUUAUAGGGUGGCAUUCAAUGCCGCUCUAUGAAGAACGUGAUGGGUGUGGCGCAAAGCCACACAUGGGCACUAGAUUGCUAUGACACUUCUCCAAGAGCCCUGCUAUUUCAUCAUUGGGGGUGCGGCCUGCCGAGGAUCUUGGCGCUGGAACGGGGGUAAGUUUAUAUUAUUAUAAUCACCCCAAUUUAAGAGAAAUUAUUAUAAAAGCAAGAAAGAAGUCUAGGGGACCUGUCUUUCUUGCUUUUAUAUAUUGACUAUAGUGCUCCUUUAACUGCGUGUCUUACUCAAGACUCCUCUAUGUGAACACUAGAAACUGGUUUGCAAUGGCUAUUUUAUGCCUUGAGGGCAAGAGCAGUUAUGCUUCCUGUUCCAAGCUGCACAAGAAGUAAAAUCUCUUCCUUUCCUGUAUCAGAGGCAGAGGGCUGGCAUAUAGCUGCAUGCAGCUGCAAAGAUACAAAAGUGUCUUCAGUCAUUUUUAAAGGGACGCUAUACUCCCCAAAACAACUUUAGCUUAAUGAAGCAUUUUUGGUGUAUAGAUCAUGCCCGUGCAGACACUUUGUUUAUACAGCCCUAGUCACACCUCUCUGCAUUUGACUUACACAACCUUCCUAAACACUUCCUGUAAAGACUCUUCUAAUGUUUAAACCUCCGACCGGUUACCUCCGCUAAUCCCUUCCUUCAGCCGCUCAGGAACCACUUUAGAAUAUACAGAGACCCAUUUCUCCCCCAGUAACUGGAUGACGCACAGCUGUGGGAGUAAAACUCUGACUGAACUCUGUUUAUUUCGUCACACAUGGUGUCUCCAACACAAAACAGGGGUUUCAAUCCCAAUAAGUCAGUUCAAACUGGGCUGGCAGUGUCCUUGUGGCAACGCCCUGCUGUGACAGGCAAAGGAAGGGGAGGGGCACAGACCAGCAAUACAUUUCACUAUGACAAUACUUUACAAAGCUCCCUGUUGACCCACAGCUGCAUAUACAGGCACAUGUAAAACAAUUCCACCAAUGGCACCGCAAAAAUGGCCUAACAAAUCAGGCCAUCCAUCACAUAUCCCACCCCCCUAUAGAAAUAGACAGCAGGCACAUGGGGAUAUGGCAUUCAGUGACGGUGUUCUGUCACACCUCCUUUAUUGCAAAUUCUGUUUCAUUUAGAAUUGAACAGUUAACCACUUCUAUUUAAUUUUUACUGCAAUCUGCCACGAGCACCAAGAGCUGUACAUUCAGUGUGUCCUGUGCCGGUUUUAUCUUGUUCUGUUAGUAGAGCACUGAAUCCAAGCAAGGUUGUACAAUCUUUGUACUAAAUGUGCUGUUUGACUAUAUUGGUAUGCAAAAUAACUCUGUGCUGCAUGUUUUAUAUGAAAGUAUUGAAACUAUUGUAAUAACAUGAUUUUUUUUUUUUUUUUAAAUAGGUGGUUUUGACGAAUACAAUGUAAUGCAAGAAGACUCUGCUGCUCUCCAAUAUCAAGAACAUCCUCCAGAACCGGGUCCCGAAACUGAGGAGUCUGGAUCCAACUUCAACAAAGGAAACAUCCCAGACUUUCUACCCUCAGCCCAGCGGGCUCUUUUCUUGCGUAUCCAACAGAAGCAACAGGAGGAGGAGGAGAGAGCGAGGAGGCUUGGGAACAACCAGCAGGAGAGAGACCACGAGGAAGGUAAUCAUCCUGUCUGUCGCUCUUUAAAUCAUAAUGUACCGUAACUGUGUGUGGCAUGAAUAGAUCCCUGGUUCUCUCCCUCAUCACGAUCUCAGUGAUUAGCUUAACUUACACUUAUUAUGUCUUUUCAUGUUGGUGCAAAUGUAGUUUCUUAUCUUUUCAUUCUCACUGCAAAAAAUAAACUCUUUAAGAAGUACAGCUCCCAUUGUUGAAUUUUCUUUUUUUUAAUAUUUAUUUUUUACUCUUUAGGUGACACUGUGAACUGGUAUUCAAGUGACGAGGAGGAAGGGGGAAGCAGUGUAACCUCCAUAUUGAAAACAUUAAGACAGCAGUCUUCCAGCCGCCCUUCCCCUCCAGCUCCGGUCAGAGAGGUUGGUACUGGAGACCCACGAUUGCCGAAAAGUCAGGCUGUCCCGUUCAGCCGUCCUACAGACCCCCGAAUCUCCCGUGAUCCACGCCUGUCCCGGAACACAGAACCUAUUGCAGCCGAAUCUAGUUCAAGCGACCCAAGACUAGCCCGCCACACGACUCAACCUAAACAGGACUCACCUGUGAGCAAAGUUCUUGUCGAAGAGGAAGAAAGUGAGCGGGUGUUGAGGGACAAACCUGUAAAUAUUCCUUUAGAUCCUCUGCCAGGGCUGGCAUUGAGGGACCCUCGCAGUCAACUUCAGCAAUUUAGCCAUAUCAAGAAGGACAUCCAUUUGAACAAACCAGCUUUUUCCAGGUCUGUACUGUGGAGUCCAGAAGAUCUUAUACCUUUGCCCAUACCCAAGCAGGAUUUUAUCCCUGUGCCAGCAGCACUGCAGUCUACGCCAGUUUUGGACCCACGCCUGAACCGUCCAGCCACAUCUGCAGCCCUUGACCCUCGACAACGAGCGCUUGCAGGUGAAGUUCCGGCAGCUAAUACCAAUCUGCCAGAUUUUGAACUGCUAUCGAGGAUUUUGAAGACUGUUAAUGCUGCUUCUGUUGCCACCCCUAGUCCUCCUGCUCCUUCUGAUAAACCCAGUGACCCACGGACACGAAAAACUCUUACUGACCCCCGACUGCAAAAGGCAACAGAACCUGCAUCUUUAUCAAAAGCAACAGAACCCACACAACCCCAACCCUUGCCACCCCCUACAGAGAGCACACCCACUAUUGCACCAUAUGAUCCCCGACUGUUGACAUCAGGUGGGCUGAGCAAGCCAAGUAGCCAGAGCAAUGUGCUUAGUGGCAUUAGUUUGUAUGAUCCCAGGAUGGGGAGUAAAACUUCAGCUGAAGCUGCCACUAGCGAGACAACCGCUAAGGCACAGGACACAAAACCUGCCAUCAAGCCAAAAGAACCACUUUUUGUUCGUAAAUCUGCCCUCGAUCAGCCUGAGGCUGAAAAGCAAACAUCAGAGACUGCUACAGACAGAUACAAUAGCUACAAUAGGCCACGUACCAAAACAACGGCUGCCUCCUCGUUGCCUGCCUCUGAAAGUAGCCAACCUGCUGUCCACAACCUCCCUGUGCCGUCUGUUUACGGUUUGGUCAAGCAGGCCACUAAAUCUGGCAGUGGCAGUCCAUAUGCUGGAAAUAGCCCAACCCAGGACAGUGAGCAAGACGCUGGUUCCCUUAAAGACGUUUUUAAAGGCUUUGACCCCACAGCGUCCCCAUUCUGCCAGUAGCACUCAGUCAUUGUAUUUAAUGAGGCUGUAUACAGUGUUGAUAAUAACGUAUAUAUAAUUUUUUUAUACUCCUACUCCACCAUGCUCAUGCUAAAUCUUUUGUAUGAACCCACAACGUAAGUGAGCUGUAAAGCCUCAAAGAUCUGUUUUUAACAAACAAUCAGUGUCUCGUGUAGUGACUGACUCAUUGUUUCUGUAUAUUAUUUUAACUCUUAUUUUGAAAUGUAUAUAUGUGUGUAGUGUAUAUACAUACAUUCUUACACAUAGGUUUGUAUAUGUAUAAAUAUCUAUAUCUACAUACAUAUAUGUGAGCAGUCAAGUGUGUAUGUUUCUGUGCUGAUCAAGCAUUUUAUUUAACUCCUCCAGUUGGAAGAUGGUGUCCCGGUAUUGUGGCAUGCGUUGAUUUGUUCUCAAUGCACAGAUCCUUCUGAAAUGGCAGCUAAUCAUUAGCUUAUUGCACCGAAUUCUGGUCCCCUUCAUAUUAUUCUCUGCCCCAAACAGCAGCCCACGUUAAUCCAUUCGUAGGAUUGUAGAGGGAUUUCCUGCAAAUUGAAAUUUAUUACUGUAUCCUUCUCGUUGACCAUCAACCUUUUUUAGUGUUGGAAGAAGGUCACUCGUUCUGGACUCUUUGUAAUUGUACAUAUGUUGUUUUUUUAUUUUCUGGUCUUAUAUUUAAUUUUUUUACCACAUUCUGUAUGUGCUGCAAGAACAAAACCAGCCUGUGGACAAGAUUUUCAAAAUAGAACUUAUUUAUAAUUUAGAGAAGUGCGCCGUUCAAGUAUUGUGAAAAGGAAAAGGUGUGUGUGUGUCCCACCACGUGUAAAGAAAAGUACAAUGCCGACAGAACAGUUACAAUAAAUACUGACAUUUCUGGAGAUAUCUCAGAAUUUGCGCAUUGUGCCAGUUCUUCAGUUGGCAUCUGGCUAUUGGUUAUAUUUAUAUCUUGUGUGUCACUCAGUUGCUGAUUGCACAGAAUUCUGCCUUUUUGUGUAAUCCUGUUUCCACUAAACUGGUGUUUUUCAACCAAAGCCUAAAGUCUAAAGUAUUACUAAAAAAAAAUAUAUUAAAAAAACAAGACUAAAUUUCUCGUACAUUGAUCUAAAGCAAGUUUCUCGGAAUUAAUGGCAGUAAACAUGUAGUCCAAUAACUACAAAUGAUCAGAUACAGGCUGGUGUGUAUAUAAAUGAGAAUAUUCUGGGAAUAAAAAUACAUUUUCAUACAGAA